CAAUCUAAACGUCAAAACUCGACAAAAUGGUGGUUGUUUUCAUGCAUUUUUCAUACGAGUUUUAAAUAUAAUAAAAUGACGAGUUUAAUUGACAAAAUAGAGUUGCUAAUUAAGAGGGAAAAGACCACGCCGGAGCGAAAGAAAAAAGAAGAAGCUUCAAAAUCCUCCAGUGAAAUUCUUUCAGAGCUAUUCAGUGCCUUCAACGCCGAUCCUCCCAAAAUCGAUGAAGCUUCUCUGAAGAAAUCAAAGAAAAGCAAAAAGAAACACAAGAAAGAGAAAAAGAAACGGAGUCGGAGCAGUAGUAGCAGCAAUUCUGAUGAUAGCGACUACUCUCCCAAGCACAAGAAAAGGAAAAAGAGCAAGUCUAAAAAAAAGCGCGAUAGGUCACGGUCUAGCACUCCUAGUAAAAGCAACAUACCUCCUAAAAUUAAAGCUGAUUUAGAGGCGAUAAGAAUCAAAAAUGAGUCCGGCCGCGUUAGUUCUGCUGAUUUUCGGCACGAAAUUAAACUUAAAACAGAACCUAAAGAAGUACAACACCGGAGAGUCUCUAUCAAAAUAGAAGAGCCGCACAACUACAGCGUCGAUGUUUCAAACUUUGAUGCUAGUCUUAUUCCUAUGCCAGAUUCUCCUAAACAUGAAGACCUACGUCAAAAGUUAGACGGUAAAAAACAAGAAGCGGAAGACAAGUCAAAGAGUAAAAUUCAAAUUAAGAACUUGAAGUUUAGUGCAGUUUUCGAGGAGACUGUUAAGAAAGCCGAGGAAGAAGCCAGGAAGAAAGCUGAGAAGUUUGAAGAAGGUGAAUACACAGACUCAUCCAGCAGUAGUGAGAAACCAGAAGUUCCCAAUGCAGAGUUCCCCAAAUCCUCAGAUCCUGGAGGUAUACUUAAGAAGCAAGCAGCAGAAGAGUCUAAAGUUUCAGAUGAAGAUAGGAGCCACUCUAAGAGAUCCAAAGAAAGCUCCCACAAAUCUUCAAGAAGGGACAGAAGCAGAUCCAGAAGAAGGUCCGUCAGCAAGUCCCGCCGCUCCCGCUCCCGGUCCGCCUCUCGCCGCCGCCGCCGCUCUCGCUCGCGCGGCCACGAGCGGUCGCGGCGCCGCUCGCGCUCGCGGUCGCGGGAGCGGGACCGAGACCGACACGAGCGCGACAGGCACCGGCCGAGGCAUGUGUCGCCGAGACACAGGGGGAGGAGGUCCAGGUCGCCAACCGGGGUGAAACUAGCAGACAGCGAGAAGAAGCGUCUUCUAGAAGUAGCGAGAAGGAACGCCAUCAAUAUGCUCAAGAAUGGCGCCGUACCGGCCGGCGCGGCCGCGUUGCCGCCGCACACUAGGAACCAGGUCAUGGCCGCCAUACAGUCCGGAGGUAAAUCAGUGGACGAGCUAACUGAUUUCUGCAAGCACUUAUCAAAAAAAGAAGCCCUCGGAGAACUGUCCUCCGUCUCUUCUCACGAUGAAGACAUGAGCGAGAACGAAGAUACACUCGCCUUCCAUCAUCCGUUCCUAGUCAAAGAGAAGGCUCCUAUUGUUAUGAAUAUAAGGGGUGGAGCACCCCUCCCGAUCAAGACCAAUCCACUGCCAAUAGCCAACAAGGAAGAGCUGCGACUGCAGUUCCCCGUGUCCUCAGGGUCGCAACACAGGGAAAAGGCUUCGGAAUGGGUACCUGUUUCACCGCCAAAGAAAGAUAUGCAAGUUGCGAAACUGAACUCGAAAACGACAGCCGUCAAACCUGCUGCAAUCGCUCCUGUGGAAACUCCUGUGCCUAAAGCGGCCCCGCUGGCGCUGCCCGCGCCGCCGCCGCCGCCCGCACCCGCGCCCGUGCCCGCGCCCGCGCCCGUGCCUGCUGCGCCGCUGGUGGCGCCGCCGCCCUACAUGAAGGGCUUCACCACGGGCACGCAACUAGCUUCAGUCCCGACAGUACCGGCAUUGCCAGCCCCCGGACCCCAAGCCUACCCACCGGGAAUUGAACCUCCGAAAGUUAUUGACGUCGCGUCGAUCGUAUCACAGAAGCUGCUAAUGAUCAGAAAGGAGCAAGAACAGAACGAGUUGUCUACCACUCGUGGCUCGUCUGCCCACCAGUUCGGCUGGUCGACCAAGGCGGGCCAGUUCACGGGCUCCACGGGCGCGCAGAUCCUCACGCCCAAGGAGCUCGCCAGCGGCACGCAGGCCUGGGCCAAGAAGGAUCAACUCAUGAGGGCAGCACCAGUAGGAGGGGGGAUGGGCAUGCACCUCCUCCAGAAAAUGGGAUGGACCCCGGGCCAAGGGCUCGGAAAAGAGGGCACGGGGACCCUCCAACCGUUACUCUUAGAGGUCAAACUGGACACAAGAGGUCUGCAGGCUAAAGAAGAGGUCAGUACGAGGAACAACAAAGGAAUGAAAGUUCAACGUCAGCCGCGGAGGGGCGGCGCAGCGCCUGCGUUAGUAGCGGGCGGGAAACAUCCUGUAUCUUUACUUGGGGAGUACUGCUCGAAACAAAAACUCGGCCCGCCCGAGUAUAAUCUGUGCUUCGAGUGUGGCCCUGAUCAUAAGAAGAACUUCUUGUUUAAGGUUAGAGUAGCCGGCGUGGAAUACCAGCCGGCGGUGGCGAGCGCCAACAAGAAACAGGCCAAAGCUGAUGCUGCGCAACUGGCGCUACAGAAACUAGGCAUCGUUACCCCUUAACCAUGACACCAUACAUUAUUUAAAAUGUUAAUUUCACAGAUAGCACAAGAAGAUAAAGAAUCCUGAUAAUUGGAUAAAUUUAUAUCCGAGGGAGUUUUGAUCAUUAAAUAGUCCACAGAAGAUGUAAUACGAAAGUCCUACAAAAAUAAAUGUAAAUGACUACUUUUCAGUUCGAAUAUUUCGAAUCUUAAGGUCCUCUAAUAACAGUUAGUUUGAGAGGAUUUCAAACAAUAACUAAAAAUGGGUAUAGUAUAGGUACAUACACAAGGUUGAUAAUCUGUAUAAAUACAUAGAGUCAGACCAAGAUAAGUUGGCAGCGAUUUUGACAGCCCAGACAGUGCAAGUGUUAUUUUAAACGUCAAACUUCUAUGAAAUUAUGACGUUUACUUAACACAUGCACAGGCUGGGCUAACAAAAUCGUUGCCAAUUUAGCUUGGUCUCACUCUAGGUAUGUUAUAUCCCAAAAAUGAUUUAAGCAGAUGAAAGCAAGAAUGGAUCUAAUGGAAGGUCGACAGCAUGAAGGAUUAGUAAAGUCAAAAGAAAAACUAUAGUCUUUUUUUUUAUCCCUUAGACUAAAAUGACAUUUCAUGUAUUGCUAGUUUUUUACGUCUUAUAAAUAGUGAUGUGCUACAACCGGUACUAACCGAAAAUAAACUGUUGGGAGCAUUUUGAGGCAUUUAGAAAGUUGGUAUCCAGGUCUAUACACGAUAUGUCUAAUAUUUAAAAGCGAUUUUAUUGUAAGAUUAGCAGACACCUCGAAGCUCAUAAUGUAAUUUUUAAACGUUUUAGUGGAU